AUGGCCCCGCUUGCCAACGCCGCCAGCUCCGCCGCCAGCUCCGCCGCCAGCUCCGACAAACUGCCCGCACCUCCCCAACCACCGUCACUAUCUUCCCUAAAACACAGAACCCAUUUACCCAUACCCCAAGGUGUUUCCACUGCCAGUGCUUCGAGCCCCAGCACAACCAGUGCCGCCGAGACGGUGGUGGCAGCAUCGGCCACUGCCAAGGCCUACCGCCGCAGAGACAGCGAAUCCGACUCGUCCAUGGAACCUCGUGCCAAGCGCGAGCGUAAGAACCGCCCCGGCCAGAAGUUUGGCGCCAAAAAAAAAUCCUGGGUGUGGUCCUGGUUUGUUCAGGACUCUCAGGACCCCAACAUCGCUGCCUGUGACGAGUGUGGUAAGGUGAUUACCCGUUUAGCCAGUGAUAAAGGCUCACCAAAAAAACUCAGUGAGCAUUUGAAAACCCACAAGUUCACGCUCGAGACCAUCAACCGCCACCGCGCUAUCCCCAUCGAUGGCCACGGAAUCACCUACGCACCCGACGGUACGCCCAUGACGUACCAGCACUCGCACCCGCGGGCGCCAGCACUGGCGCACGGCGGCGACUUGAGAAUGGACAGCACGUCUGCCACCUCCGCCUUGACCCUGUUCACCGACCUGUUUAAGGCCAAGCCCACGCCGCCCGAGCCCCUCCAAUUAUCAUAUAAUUUGAACCAAAACAACCGGCGGUUUUUGUCGCCCGACUUUGAUAAUGCCCCCUACUCCACCGCCAAAUUCCACAAGCACUUGUUGACAUUUUUGAUGCAAAAUAAGCUUUCCAUCAACGUGAUUCGGUCGCAUUCGUUCCAGCAGCUCAUCUACGAUUUGCGGUCGGACUCGGUGGGAGAGCUCGCGGAGCUCACUAAUUUGUGA